AUGCCUCCGCCUGUAACCCCGUCCCCCUUUCGCCUGACGCGCCGCGAUCCGACGCGCCGAAGUGCCGGGCCACAGUUCGCCAACUCUCCUCGAUUUCUCUUAUCGCAGUCGACACCACAGGAGAGUAAAGAUGAUGUCGACAUUGUCGACGAUGAUGCACCACCAUCAACUGGCCCUGCCGCUCGCACCCCGGCCCAACCGCGGCAUGUUGUUCCACCACCACGCCGGCCACGGGACGUGAUUGAAGAUUACCACGAUGGCGAAUGGCUAGGAAAUACGGAGGCCCGAAACAAUGAAGCGAUGUCGCCGGGUGACUUCGCUAUUGAUAGCUCUCCUCUUGAUGACUCAGGAACUCCUGUUGGGCCGGACACUGAGUUCGACACGCUCUUUACGCCAACGGAAAAUGGCAAGAAAAGGCAACGACUUUCAGCAGGAGAAGGGCAGACACUGGAUCAGAAAUCGAAUCGGCAAUCCGAGGAAAGACAAUCUUCAUCUCCUGAGCCGCGACGGCCAACAUUCGAUCCUCUCCACACUCCUGCUCCUCGCCUGGCGCAGCGUCCACCUGCACAGAACCUGGCCGCGCAAGCCACCCCAGGCAUUCCCGCAAAGCCCGGGGACGCAGGAGUUGGGAUACCUGGGAGCACAAAAACACCAUUCCGCAGUCGACCGCGAUUUAUGCUAUCAACUCAAAAACCCCGUAGCCAGCCUCCAUUCCGAGCCGAGACACCAUCGGCAACGCAAUCAACCCCACCGCAAGAACGACGCAAGCCCACAUUUGUGCUUCCUCGUUCACCGUCCCCAAAUGAAGCUUCCGACAACAUCCCCGCGCCCUUCUCACCUUCCUCGCGCACGCUUCACCGGCGCGGUCGACCUCGCUCUAGCGUGGCGGGCUACGUCCCAGGCGGAAUGGCCGCCGAGGUGCGCAGCUGGAUCCUUGAGGUGGGAUCCAAACGUGAACAAGCUGUCAUCAACCCGGCGCCUGUCGAAUCGAACGGGAGUAGGGUCGUGGACCUUACCCGAUAUCUCUUGGCUGCUCGCAUUGUCCAGGUCAAGCCGGCGGGGCUGAAGAGCGCUGGCGCUCUAUCAUUUGUUCUAGCUGAGCCGGUGAACAAUUUUCCCACCGGAGACGAGGAGCCGGAGAUUCUCAAGAUAAUGAUUAUGGGGCCCCCUCGAUCUAGACCAGCUCCACAUGCAACGUUGUCGCGGGCCAGGAUACCACAGCCAGGCUUUAUCCAUGAAGGAGACUUGUUAGGAAUCUACCGGGAUCUAGCAUGGCACGUCACGUUUGGUGAAUUCCAGGCUCUGAGCGUCGCCAAUGGAUUGCAGACAGAACCAUUUCAAAAUUGUGCUUCUGGUAGUCCCGAGCGGUGGCUAAUUGUCAUGGAAUGGGACCUCGUCGAGGCAGCUACGUAG